AUGCAGCUCUAUCUUUUCAAUCCAGUGAAUGCAUUUCCUUUACCUGUUGGUCCUCCUUUUUCUCAAGAUCUUCAAUUAGAAACUGGUUAUCAAGUAGCAGAUAUCGAUCCGAGAAAUCAGUUGUUUUAUAUAGUGGCUCUUCGAAAUGAUUCCAAAGUUUUGAAAGAAGAAUUACUUGGUUUGAGUUUGACGAAUGGUCAAAUUGUGAAAAGAUCCAUUCUUCAUACCAUAUUCGGAAGAACUCAAUACUUGAAUGUGAAUCCUUUGAAUGGAGAUGUGUUUGUCAUUUGCAAUUUGACUCCAAAUAUUCAUUUGUUUUCGUUGUUGAAAAUUUCUUUUAAGGGAGAUCAAUCCAAUAUCACAAUCCUUAAUCAUGGAUUUAGUGGAAUUGGCUCUAACAAUGGAUUAUCUGCGUUCGAUUUCAAAAACAAUGUACUCGUAAUUUCUAUUUCACUUAAUCCAGAAGAGCACCCUUCUCUUGUUGCACUGGAUGUAACCACAGGCCAGAUAUUGAAAACAGAUCCAAACAAAGGUUUAAUGAGCACUUAG